AUGGCGAAUCAAUCCCAGAAAACUGUAUACAAGCUGGUGCUGACCGGGGGUCCUUGCGGCGGAAAAACCACCGGGCAAUCUCGACUUAGUACAUUCUUCGAAAACUUGGGAUGGAAGGUGUUCCGGGUGCCGGAAACGGCUACCGUCCUCUUAAGUGGUGGUGUGAAGUUUGUGGAUCUCAGUCCAGAGGAAGCUAACAAAUUUCAAGAGAAUCUCCUAAAGACGAUGAUACAAAUCGAGAACACCUUCUUCGAGUUGGGCAGGACGUGCCAGAGGAACUGCCUGAUCAUUUGCGACCGAGGAGCCAUGGACGCUAGUGCAUUUAUUUCCAAAGAAAAAUGGGAGGCUAUGUUGAGCACGAACAAUUGGAAUUGCGUAGAGCUUCGGGAUAACAGAUAUAAUCAUAUUGUUCAUAUGGUAUCUGCUGCGAACGGAGCUGAGGACUUCUAUUCUACUGAGGACCACGCAUGUCGAUCCGAAGGAGUCGAGCUCGCUAGAGAGCUGGAUUACAACGCGGCCGCGGCCUGGGUGGGUCACCCUUAUUUCGACGUCAUCGACAACUCCACCGACUUCGACAAGAAGAUGAACCGUCUCAUCGCAUGCAUAUGCCAACGCAUCGGCAUCGACACGGGCGACCGUCUCAACGUGAACGCGAAGAAACGCAAGUUCCUCGUCAGAUGCCCACUACCAGCUGACGUCGAGUUCCCGCCCUUCCAAGACUUCGACGUGGAGCACAAUUAUCUGCAAAGCGACUUCCGAAAAGCCCAAGUGCGGUUACGGAAACGCGGUCAAAAGGGCCACUGGUCCUACAUACACACGGUCAGGAAGUUUCACCCCAACGGACAGUCUGUGGAAGUGCGUACGCAGUUGACGCAUCGAGAUUACUUAAACAUGCUUCCGCAGCGUGACGACGCGCAUUUCACGAUAUUCAAGAAACGACGAUGUUUUAUCUACAACAAUCAAUACUACCAGCUGGAUAUUUAUAGACAACCGACGCAUCCAAGGUGUCGUGGCAUGGUUCUGCUGGAGACGUACAGCGCGGCGUACGAUCAGGAUGCCCUUCUCGCGACGUUACCAAAGUUCCUGACAAUAGAGAAGGAGGUCACAGGAGACCCAGCAUAUUCUAUGUACAAUCUGUCUUUAAAAGAGGACUGGAAAACUUCAAAAAGGUACUACGCCGGGUCUGGCGCUAACGGACAAGCUAGAUACAAAGGGGACAAAAUAAACGGACACGAAAGAAAUCAACACCCCGAGUCUAAAGUAAACGGACACAAUAAAAUGAUCGGAUGUGAUGACAAAACUACGGGACACUCUGAACAUAAAAUGAACGGACAUGCAAAAAUUAACGCCAACAAAAUGAACGGCCACUAUAAAAUUAAUGGUCAUCACGGAUCCAUCGCCAAUGGAAUUUCAAAUGGUCUGCACGACAAUGAAAUGGAGCAUCUCAAGACGAACGGCAUACACGUGCCCUCACCAAAGAUAAAAAAAGUUGCUAUAAAAACAUAG